UACACAAUCGGUUCAUGCAGUUAGUUUUAUGACACGAAGCGACCGAUAUAUUUACUUUACGAACCAUUUUAACAACUACAAAUAAGUAAAGCAAUUUAACAUUAAUAAUCUGAACUUCUAUUUGCCGGUAGUGUAUGUAAAAAGCGUAUAAAGAAGAAAGCGUCCAUUUAAUUACAUAAUAUGGAACAAAUUCCACCGCCGAAGGAGGUGAAAAUCCUCGAGACUGCUGAGGAUAUUCAAGAACGUCGUCAGCAGGUGCUAACGAGAUAUGACAACUUUAAGGCCGACGCACGCGCCAAACGAGAGAAAUUGGAAGACUCGCGCCGUUACCAGUAUUUUCGUAGAGACGCCGAUGAACUCGAAUCUUGGAUCUUAGAGAAGCUACAGGCGGCUUCUGAUGAAAGUUACAAAGAUCCUACCAAUCUACAGGCAAAGAUUCAGAAACAUCAAGCUUUCGAAGCGGAAGUAUCAGCGCAUAGCAAUGCGAUCGUCGUUUUGGAUAGAACUGGACAAGAUAUGAUCAAUCAUAAUCAUUAUCAAUCGGAGACCAUUCGUCGCAGAUUAGAGGAACUUCAUCGUCUCUGGGAACAACUGUUAUCGAAACUGGCAGAGAAGGGCAUGAAAUUGCAACAAGCUUUGGUGCUUGUUCAGUUUUUACGUCACUGCGACGAAGUUAUGUUUUGGAUUAAUGACAAAGGCAGCUUUUUGACUAGUGAAGAAUUCGGUCACGAUCUUGAGCAUGUUGAAGUGUUGCAAAGGAAAUUUGACGAGUUUCAAAAAGAUAUGGCAUCCCAAGAGUACAGAGUAACCGAAGUUAAUGAACUUGCUGAUAAGUUAUUGCUCGAUGGACAUCCUGAUCGCGACACUAUUGUCACUCGUAAAGAGGAAUUAAACAACGCCUGGCUGCGUUUAAAACAGAUGGCGCUAAUGCGUCAAGACAAGUUAUAUGGCGCUCAUGAAAUUCAACGCUUCAAUCGUGAUUCCGACGAGACAGUCACUUGGAUUGCGGAAAAAGAUGUUGUUUUAUCAUCUGACGAUUACGGCAGGGAUUUGGCGAGCGUUCAGACUUUACAGCGCAAACAUGAAGGUGUCGAAAGAGAUUUGGCCGCAUUAGAGGAUAAAGUAUCCACUCUUGGGCAAGAAGCUGACCGUCUCUGUGGAAUACAUCCAGAUCAUGCCAAUCAAAUUCAAGCUAAACGCGCAGAAAUUGAAGCUUAUUGGGAGCGGCUUACAGCAAAAGCUAAGGAACGUCGUGAAAAAUUAGACGAGUCAUACUUCUUACAUCGAUUCUUAGCAGAUUUUCGAGAUUUAGUGUCAUGGAUUAACGACAUGAAAGCGAUCAUAUCCGCAGAUGAGCUUUCCAAAGAUGUAGCCGGUGCCGAAGCUUUGUUAGAGCGACAUCAAGAGCAUAAGGGAGAGAUUGAUGCUCGAGAAGACAGCUUUUCAGCAACAACCGAAGCUGGAAAGCAACUUUUGGAAAAUGGCCACUAUGCAUCCGAAGAAAUUAAAGACAAAUUAACACAGUUAGCGUCUGACAAAAAUUCAUUAUUGGCUUUAUGGGAAGAAAGGCGUAUUUUGUAUGAACAGUGCAUGGAUUUGCAACUGUUUUAUCGUGAUACAGAGCAAGCUGAUACAUGGAUGGCAAAACAAGAAGCAUUUUUGGCUAAUGAGGACUUGGGAGAUUCUCUAGAUUCCGUUGAAGAUUUAAUAAAGAAGCAUGAAGAUUUCGAAAAAUCGUUAGCUGCUCAAGAGGAAAAGAUUAAAGCGCUUGACGAAUUCGCUACGAAAUUAAUUAAUGGAGAGCACUAUGCGGCUGAUGAUGUGGCCCAGAGACGUGCCAUGCUUUUAGAACGACGUUCCGCUUUGAAAGAAAAAACGUUCUUGAGGAAGACCAUUUUAGAAGACGCGUAUAAAUUACAACAAUUUGAACGGGACUGUGACGAGACCAAAGGGUGGAUAAAUGAAAAAUUAAAGUUUGCCACCGAUGACAGUUAUUUGGAUCCUACUAACUUGGGUGGCAAAGUUCAAAAACAUCAAAAUUUUGAACAGGAAUUGAACGCUAAUAAAAAUAGAAUGGAAGAAAUAACGUCAACUGGACAAGAACUAAUCAACUCUGACCAUUAUGCCUCUUCUCGAAUUCAACAACGCAUGGAUGAAAUUGUACAUCUGUGGGAAACUUUAGUUCAAGCAACGGACAAGAAAGGAUCUAAAUUACAAGAAGCAAACCAACAACAGCAAUUCAAUAGAACCGUAGAGGAUGUAGAGUUGUGGCUGUCAGAAAUUGAGGGUCAACUAAUGUCCGAAGACUACGGAAAGGAUUUAACCUCUGUGCAAAAUCUGCAAAAGAAACAUGCUUUGUUAGAGGCGGACGUGGGUUCCCAUCAAGAUCGUAUCGAAGGUAUAAAGGCGGCUGCUCAACAAUUUAUAGAACGAGGUCACUUUGACUCCGACAAUAUCGCCACUAAACAGUCAGGUUUAACUAAUCGCUAUUCUGCAUUGCAAACCCCUAUGGCAGUUCGCAAGCAAAGGCUUUUGGAUUCCCUGCAGGUUCAGCAGCUUUUCAGAGAUAUUGAAGAUGAGGAAGCAUGGAUUCGCGAAAAGGAACCCAUUGCCGCCAGCACAAACAGAGGGCGGGAUCUGAUUGGCGUGCAAAAUUUGAUCAAAAAGCAUCAAGCGGUCUUGGCAGAAAUUAAUAAUCACGAUAGUCGCAUCGCUGCUGUCGUCGACGCGGGCAAACACAUGAUGGAAGAUGAGCAUUUUGCCAGUGACGAAAUUCGUAAUCGAGUAAACACUCUUCAGGAUCAUUGGAUUCAACUUACUGAUAAGGCUAAACAGAGGAAACAAGACCUUGAAGAUUCUCUACAAGCUCAUCAGUAUUAUGCCGAUGCUAAUGAGGCCGAGUCAUGGAUGAGGGAAAAGGAGCCGAGUGUGAGUAACACGGAUUAUGGAAAGGAUGAGGAUUCUUCAGAGGCUUUGCUUAAGAAACAUGAAGCUUUACUAAGUGAUCUUUUAGCGUUUGGCAACACUAUUGAAGCUCUAAAGGAGCAAGCCGGUAGCUGCAGGCAACAAGAACCUCCUGUUGUGGACGUCACCGGUAAAGAGGCAGUUGUUGCUUUGUACGAUUACACCGAGAAAUCACCUCGUGAAGUUUCCAUGAAAAAAGGUCAUUUACUUACUCUCCUAAAUUCAAAUAAUAAGGAUUGGUGGAAGGUGGAAGUAAAUGAUCGCCAAGGAUUCGUGCCUGCUGCUUACGUAAAAAAGGUAGAAGCUGGUUUAACCGCAUCUCAACAGAAUUUGGUCGAUAAUAACUCCAUUCCCGCUCGUCAAGCGCAAAUCAACGCUCAGUAUGAUCAUCUGCUGGAAUUGGCACGUGAACGUCAAAAGAAGCUUAAUGAGACUGUUAAGGCUUAUGUUUUGGUUCGAGAAGCGGCAGAUCUUCAUAACUGGAUUAAAGAUAAGGAGAUGCACGCUCAAGUGCAGGAUGUCGGAGAAGACUUGGAGCAAGUGGAAGUGUUGCAAAAGAAAUUUGACGAUUUCCAAAACGAUUUGAAGGCUAAUGAAGUUCGUCUAGCUGAAAUGAAUGAAAUUGCUAUGCAAUUGGUUUCUCUGGGUCAAACCGAAGCAGCCCUUAAAAUUCAAACACAGAUGGAGGACCUAAAUGAUAAAUGGGCAUCCCUGCAACAAGUUACAACAGAGCGUGCAACGCAACUGGGUUCUGCUCAUGAAGUGCAACGUUUUACCAGAGAUGUUGAUGAAACAAAGGAUUGGAUUCAAGAAAAAGACGAGGCCCUUAACAAUGACGAUUUGGGAAAAGAUCUUAGAAGCGUACAGGCACUGCAACGUAAACAUGAAGGAUUGGAGCGAGAUUUGGCUGCAUUGGGUGAUAAGAUCAAACAAUUAGAUGAAACCGCUAAUCGUCUUGUAACCAGUCAUCCUGAAUCUGCCGAACAAACCUACACAAAGCAACGGGAAAUUAACGAACUCUGGACUCAAUUAACUGCCAAAGCGAAUAGUCGAAAGGAGAAGCUUCUCGACUCCUAUGACCUUCAACGAUUUUUGAGCGAUCAUCGUGAUUUACUUGCGUGGAUUAAUUCAAUGCUUGGUUUAGUAAGUUCAGAUGAACUAGCGAAUGAUGUGACCGGAGCAGAGGCAUUGAUCGAACGACAUCAGGAACACCGGACCGAAAUAGACGCACGCGCCGGUACCUUCCACACAUUGGAACAAUUUGGACAGCAAUUAUUAUCGUCGAAUCAUUAUGCUAGCCCUGAGAUUCAAGAAAAAUUAGAACAAUUGAAUAAAGCUCGUGAAGAACUCGAAAGAGCGUGGAUUGAAAGACGUGUACAGUUGGAUCAGAAUCUGGAUCUUAACUUGUUUUACCGGGACUGUGAGCAGGCCGAAAAUUGGAUGUCUGAUCGGGAAGCGUUUUUGGCUUCCGAAGAAGUAGACUCCAAAGGGGACAAUGUGGAGGCUUUAAUUAAAAAGCAUGAAGAUUUCGACAAAGCAAUCAAUGCCCAUGAAGAAAAGAUUGCAGCUCUACAGGGUCUUGCAGAUCAACUAAUCGGCAACGGUCAUUAUGCUUCAAAUGAAAUAGACGACAAGCGCAGCCAAGUUUUAAACCGAUGGCGCCAUUUGAAAGAAGCGCUUAUUGAGAAACGUUCAAAGUUGGGAGAAAGUCAGACCUUGCAACAAUUUUCGCGAGAUGCCGACGAAAUAGAAAAUUGGAUAGCCGAAAAGCUUCAGCUUGCUACAGAAGAAAGUUACAAGGAUCCUGCAAAUAUACAAUCCAAACAUCAAAAACACCAGGCAUUCGAAGCGGAGUUAGCUGCCAAUGCAGACCGUAUCCAAUCUGUUCUUGGCAAUGGUGAAAAUUUGAUAGAUAAACGUCAAUGCGCUGGAUCGGAGGAGGCCGUCCGUAGACGCCUCGAGUCGAUCGCCGAGCAAUGGGAGUAUCUCACUCAGAAAACCACCGAAAAGUCUUUGAAGUUAAAAGAAGCCAACAAGCAAAGGACUUACAUUGCUGCAGUCAAGGAUUUAGAUUUUUGGUUAGGCGAAGUUGAGAGCUUAUUAACUAGUGAGGACGCAGGGAAAGAUCUUGCUUCGGUUCAGAAUUUGAUGAAGAAACACCAGUUGGUCGAAGCAGAUAUUCAGGCUCACGAUGAUCGUAUAAAAGAUAUGAACGAUCAGGCGGAUUCGCUAAUUGAAAGUGGACAGUUUGAUACGAACAGUAUUCAUGAGAAGCGACAAUCUAUUAAUGAACGUUACGAACGUAUUAAAAACUUGGGAGCUCACAGACAAGCAAGAUUAAAUGAAGCUAACACCUUGCAUCAAUUUUUCAGAGAUAUCGCGGACGAAGAAUCGUGGAUUAAGGAAAAGAAAUUACUGGUUGGCUCUGAUGACUAUGGUCGCGAUUUAACCGGCGUACAAAAUUUAAAGAAGAAACAUAAACGACUGGAGGCCGAACUUGGCUCGCACGAACCGGCCAUUCAAGCGGUGCAAGAGGCGGGAGAAAAACUGAUGGACGUUUCAAAUUUGGGCGUUCCCGAAAUUGAACAACGGCUCAAGGCGCUAAACCUCGCCUGGGCAGAAUUAAAACAGUUGGCUGCGACUCGUGGUAAAAAAUUAGACGAGUCUCUUACAUAUCAGCAGUUCCUGGCAAAAGUGGAAGAAGAAGAGGCGUGGAUUAGUGAGAAACAACAACUUCUGGGAGUUGAAGAUUAUGGAGACACUAUGGCCGCUGUCCAGGGCUUGCUCAAAAAGCAUGACGCUUUUGAAACCGACUUCCAGGCACAUAGAGAUCGUUGCAAGGAUAUUAGUCAAGAUGGUCAGAAACUGGUGUCGGAAGGUAAUCAUCACGCAGAUAGCAUCAAUCAGCGCUGUCAGCAGCUCCAAACGAAAUUGGAUCAUUUAGCUGCCUUGGCUGCAAGGCGUAAGGCCAAAUUGGUCGAUAACUCUGCUUAUCUUCAGUUCAUGUGGAAGGCUGAUGUUGUUGAAAGUUGGAUUGCCGAUAAAGAGAGUCAUGUGAAGAGUGAGGAAUUUGGGCGAGAUUUGUCAUCAGUUCAAACUUUGCUUACAAAACAAGAUACAUUUGAUGCCGGCCUUACUGCAUUUGAACAUGAAGGCAUUCAGAAUAUAACUGCACUUCGUGAUCAAUUGAUUGAAGCAAACCAUGAUCAGAGUGCUGCUAUUAAACAGAGACAUGUUGAUGUAUUGCUAGGUAUAUGGCAAAAACUACUAGCAGAUUCUGAUGCUCGAAAGCAACGCCUGUUGCGCAUGCAAGAUCAGUUCCGCCAAAUUGAAGAGCUGUUCCUUACCUUUGCAAAGAAAGCGUCUGCGUUUAAUUCCUGGUUCGAAAACGCGGAGGAAGAUUUGACGGAUCCCGUACGUUGUAACUCUAUCGAGGAAAUUCGUGCUCUACGCGAAGCUCACGCACAGUUCCAAGCAUCGCUGUCUUCGGCACAAGCUGACUUUGAAGCUUUAGCAACAUUAGACCAGCAAAUUAAGAGCUUUAAUGUUGGACCGAAUCCUUACACUUGGUUCAACAUGGAAGCGUUAGAAGAGACUUGGCGCAAUUUACAAAAAAUUAUUGCAGAGCGAGAUAUUGAACUUAGUAAGGAGGCACAGCGACAAGAAGAGAAUGAUAAACUUCGCAAGGAAUUUGCUAAACAUGCCAAUGCUUUCCAUCAAUGGCUAACUGAAACCCGAACAUCUAUGAUGGAGGGUUCAGGAUCUUUAGAACAUCAACUGGAAGCGACGAAACGCAAAGCCGCCGAAGUGCGCGCACGUAGAUCAGAUCUGAAAAAAAUUGAAGAUCUAGGCGCCAUUUUGGAGGAACAUCUUAUCUUAGACAAUCGUUACACCGAACAUUCAACUGUCGGUUUGGCCCAACAGUGGGAUCAACUGGACCAACUGGGAAUGCGAAUGCAGCACAAUCUUGAGCAACAAAUUCAAGCUCGCAACCAAUCUGGUGUGAGUGAGGAUGCGCUUAAGGAAUUCUCGAUGAUGUUCAAACAUUUCGACAAGGAAAAAUCUGGUAAACUGAAUCAUCAAGAAUUCAAAUCUUGUUUACGAGCUUUGGGCUAUGAUCUGCCAAUGGUCGAAGAAGGUCACCCAGAUCCGGAAUUCGAUGCUAUCUUAGAUGUGGUUGAUCCUAAUCGUGAUGGAUAUGUAUCUUUGCAAGAGUAUAUGGCCUUCAUGAUAAGCAAAGAAACGGAAAAUGUACAAAGCUCGGAAGAGAUAGAGAAGGCUUUCAGAGCAAUUACAGCAGGAGAUCGUCCUUAUGUUACCAAGGAGGAAUUAUAUGCCAAUUUAACAAAGGAUAUGGCAGACUAUUGUGUAGCACGUAUGAAACCUUACGUGGAACCGAAAACAGAACGUCCUAUAGCAGGAGCAUUGGAUUACAUUGAAUUUACUCGAACUCUUUUCCAAAAUUAAAAAGCAAUUUCUUUUUAACGCUUAUGCAAGUGUACAAUGUAAGAUUAAAAUUAAACGCAAAAACUUAGUACAAUAGUUAUUUAUUGUUUAAUGUCGUGUUGGGUUUCUAAUGUAUGCUAUAUGUACUGAACUACACAAUUUACUGCUGUUUGAUAAUAAUUUUUUUAGGUUAGAUAAAAUGAACUGUACUUGCUUGCAAUCCCUAUGCUUGCUAAUGUGUGCAUUUAUUGUUUGUAUUAUUCUUUUAUGGUUCGUAUGCUCUUUUUCACUUAUAUAUCGCUUCAAUACAUAGAUACACUA